UCUUCAACUCUACCAACUGACUGCAGCUUCUCGUCAAAAUGACUAGUGACGAUCAGUUUUUCUUCGACUAUCUUGCAUCCAUCCCCCAUGACGUAAGGAGAUAUUCGCUGCAGGUUGCAGAUUCGAUUGACCGACAGGUUGAUAAUGUCGCGAAUGUGGUUCGGGAUACGCUCUCUCAUCAGUCAUGGCUCCCGUCAAGUGUCCGGCCAUCACCAAGAAUUCAUCCUCGUGCUCCGACUUCGCAGUCAUUUUACGACCGUUUACACAGAUGGGCUCUUCGGAACCGGGCAUGGAGUGCGGCAAUCUUAGCCUUUGUCGGGACAACUUGCGUCCUAUACUUUGGAAGCAAGAAGCUGAGGGGUAGGCGGAGAAAGGCUAGGAGAGCUGGAAAUGGCGCUCGGAAGGAGAUAGUUGUUGUUGCCGGAUCCCCUCACGAACCCAUGACUAGGUCGAUAGCAGCAGAUCUAGAACGUCGUGGAUAUAUUGUGUAUAUUACAGUGUCGUCUGCAGAGGAGGAGCACAUGGUUCAGUCAGAGAAUUCAUCAGACAUAAGGUCUCUUUGGCUUGACCUAACUACGUUGCCUUCAUCUCCAUCAGAGAUUCAUGUUUCUCUGAACGAGAUUCACACCUUGAUCACAACACCACAAUCACCGAUGGCAGGAGUGCCACCGCAUAUUUGUCAACUGAGUGGCCUUGUUCUCGUGCCUUCGCCAAACUAUGUGGCAGGUCCAGUGGCUACAAUUCCACCAUCCUCAUGGGUCGAUACGAUUAACACUCGUCUUCUGUCACCUAUCUUAACAACGCAGCUGUUCCUACCGCUUCUUACACUUCGCAACACAAACAGCACAGUUGUUGUUGUCUACCCAUCAAUCUCAUCUUCCCUCUCCGCUCCUUUUGCUGGCCCCGAAGUGGCCACAGUUCGUGCUUUGUCAGGGUUUGCCACCUCCCUCCGCAGGGAAGUGAGCCUCUUACACCAAAAUAAUGUCGACGUGGUGGAAUUAAAACUGGGAAAUAUCGACCUUGGGCCGCAAUACCGAACGCCGCAAGGGCAUAUUGCGGGAACCGAAGUUUUGACAUGGAGCGUUCAGCAGCGGGAGCUUUACGGGCCUCAGUACUUGAACAGUAUUGAGCAGCGCCCCGUGGCGUCUGCUGGGCCUAGCAUGGUACGUGGGUCGCCUGCUAGAAACCUUCACUACGCGGUGCUUGACGCUUUGGAACCUUCCACCAAAAAUAUCUUUGGGAGAAAGGCGACCAAGACGCCGGUUUUGUAUGUUGGACGAGGAGCGCGGUCAUACCACAUUAUUGGGCAGUGGGCUCCUCCUGGGUUAGUUGGAUGGAUGUUGGGGCUACGUAGUGGAUAUGGACCUUCUGGUGAGAGUGUUAGUGGUAGCAGUAGCGAGACUGGUUGGGAAAAAGUUGACCGAUGAGGGUGUAUAAUAGUACUAUCUCUGUGUUGUCUUUUGUGGAAACGAAAGGAUAUAUAUAUAUAUAUAUAUAUAUAUAUCGAUAUAGGAAGUGUAUAACGAUAGGAUGGGAAGCUCUGGAAUAGUCCGUCUUGAAUUGAUCGGCUUCCAUUUGGAAGAUCUGCUGCCCUAACCGGAUUCGAAUUCAAAAGGAAGGGGAUAGAUAGAUAGAUAGAUGGAUUUUUUUCGUUUCAGCAGCCAACAUGUUGACGGGCCUCGAUGCCAAUUUGGGGCAAACCCAGAGAUUAUCACAAUAACGCAGAAAAUCCAAUCAGGGUGGGUGCCAGAGGUAAAAUCCAGCCUGUCGACGAUGCUUCUGAGUGAUCUGGCUACAUAGUCCAGCCUCAUUGGGCCGGGGAAAUUAUUACAGACUUAAAAAUAGGUACUCCACCAUGAUUCAAGAUGAAGCUAAAUUGGGUAGUUUCAUGAUCAGGAGUUUUCUUUCGCAGUAGCAGCCUAGAA